AAAAUUCUCCCCCCCACGAGAUGACUUCAUAUUUAUUUUUUAUUUUAUUUUUUUUCCCUCCAGUAUUAAACUAGAAAUGAACACAGUUGAGACUAAAUUCAGAUCCCUUAGUCGAUUUACAGCUGAAUGUCAAAGACAAAUCGAAAGAUUACAACAUGUUGAUUCCAUACUAGUUCAAAAAGAAUUAGCAGAACUUGUCAAGUCAACUAUUAGAGACUUAGAACAGGAAACUGAGUAUAUUAAACAAAUAGCAGAAGAAGAGGAUACAGAAGCUUCAAAAAUGAAUAUUUUAAACAGAUUAGGUGAAUAUGAGAACCAGUUAAAACAAUUGCAAAUUACUUCACGUCAAGCAAUAUUAAGUUCUAGGAAAAGAGUAAAUGAUCAGGAAAAGAGAAAUCGAGAAGAAUUAUUUGGUAUAGGAAAUAGAGCAAAUGGUAAAACUUUCACAGAACAAUAUGAAUUAAAGCAGAGAGGAAUUCGAAAGAGCCAACAUGAUGAUGCAUUGUUACGCGCCUCUUCUGAUGUGACAGAAGCAUUAAAAAGAACAAGUGCUCUUAUGCAGCAAGAAUUAGAAAAAAGUUCAAUUUCAGCCGGCAUGCUGGCUGAAUCAUCAAAGACUCUAUCUUCCACUUAUAACGAAUAUCAAAAUUUAGGUUCUUUAGUUCAUAUUUCCAAAAGAGUCAUUACUCAAUUAGAGAAUUCAGACUGGUUUGAUCGACUUUUACUUUUAUUUGGUUUAAUAUUCUUUUGUUCCGUAGUGUUUUAUAUUAUUAAAAAACGCACUUGGGAUGUUGGAAUCUCCUGGAUUUCAUGGUUGACUCAAAGAAAGAAGAAUAGAAAGAUUGCAACUAAAAUUUAUACAGUUACAUCCUCUUUAAUCACAACUGUUAAGACUGAAACCAUUAGUAAAUCGAAAGAGCGUUUAGUAACGAAAACGACUACUUCAUUAUUUCAAUCAACACAAACAGUCUUGUUGGAUGCUACCGCUACUGUUUCACCUAUUGAAUUCCUUAUUGAAACUGUAUCUCCAGCAAUCGUAAAUGCAUAAUCAUUUAAACAAUCUGCUUAUAUAUGUAUAUCAAUAAUAGUUAUAAGAAGUAUACGUAUAAAUCCAGUUAUUUUUUUUUUGGUAAUAAUAAUUCAUUCAUAAUAGUAAUUGAUAAACAUGACUUGAUAGCCUAAUAAGCUUGACUUGUACAUUCGUUGUUAUUACAACGUAUAACAGAAAUAGCUGC